UGUAGUUUGCGGGAGAGGCGCCGGCAGCCCUGGACAGAGCUCAGGCUUCACCUGCAUGGCGGCUGCGACGCGCGGCUGCUGGCCUUGGGGCUCGUUUCUCGGGCUGCUCGGGUUGCUCUCGGUCGCGUUUGCCGCCUGGGACCUGGCUUCGCUGCACUGUAACUUCGCCGACUUCUGCGAGUGCGACUUCCGGCCUGACUUCCAGGGUCUGGAGUGUGAUCUGGCCCAGCACCUGGCAGGUCAACACCUAGCCAAGGCGCUGGUGGUGAAGGCACUGAAGUCCUUUGUACAUGACCCGGCCCCCACCAAGCCGCUGGUCCUCUCCCUGCACGGCUGGACAGGCACCGGCAAGUCCUACGUCAGCUCCUUGCUGGCACAAUACCUCUUCCGGGGCGGCCUACGAAGCCCCCAUGUGCACCAUUUCUCCCCCGUCAUCCACUUCCCCCACCCCAGCCACAUCGAGCGCUAUAAGAAGGAUCUUAAGAGCUGGAUCCAGGGGAACCUCACUGCCUGCAGUCGCUCUCUCUUCCUUUUCGAUGAGAUGGACAAGCUACCCCCAGGCCUGAUGGAGGUCCUACGACCUUUCCUGGGCUCCUCCUGGGUUGUGUAUGGGACGAACUAUCGCAAAGCCAUCUUCAUCUUCAUCAGCAACACUGGUGGUGAGCAGAUCAACCAGGCGGUGCUGGAGGCAUGGCACAACCGCCGGGACCGUGAGGAGAUUCGCCUGCAGGAGCUGGAGCCGGCCAUCUCCCGGGCUGUCCUGGACAACCCGCACCAUGGCUUCUGGCGCUCAGGCAUCAUGGAGGAGCACCUCUUGGAUGCUGUGGUGCCCUUCCUCCCACUCCAGCGGCACCACGUGCGGCACUGCGUACUCAAUGAGCUGGCCCAGCUGGGCCUGGAGCCAAGGGAUGAAGUUGUGCAGGCUGUGCUGGAAAGCACCACCUUCUUCCCUGAGGACGAGCAGCUCUUCUCCUCCAAUGGCUGCAAGACUGUUGCCUCUCGAAUCGCCUUCUUCCUCUGAGUCAGAGUGGCAUCCUUGCUUUUCCCCACCCAGGCCAUCUAGGAAAGCCCUAGGGCCUCUGGCAGAAGGACCUUUGUCCCAAGCCUCCUGGAGACCGGGACCCAAAGCACAGAGAGUGAAGAUGGAGAAGGUGUUAGCUAGGCCAUGGCCUGGGGCAGGGUAAGCCCUGGCUCUUAACUGGUUUGAGGGCAUCUAUCUUGGCCUCUACUGCCUUCUUGGCCUCUACUCCUUCCCCAGGGAAAGGUCUGGUCACCACAGAACCUCACUGAGCCUUGACCUCCCCCUCUAGCCUGAGCCUUCUUAAAAUGUGAAUUGUAACUCAGGGACUGUGACUUGUGGCUAAGCCCUUCCUCCCAGGUUUAUUUACCCUUGGCCCUUGCACUGGCCUCGUACCCACCCAUACCCUGUGUUCCAGUGCAAUGGAGCCAGGCUGGAUCUUCUUAGUCCCCACAGAUAAAGGGACUCAAGGCGCCACUCAGGCCUGGUUUUUAAAGUUUUUAAUUUUGUAAAAGAAGAGAACAAGUACAAUAAACUUAGCUGUGGAACCAGAGGAA